UCUGCACGCACACGACCAAAAGUUUAAACAGCUCUUCCAAAGCAAGUCCGUACCAUUUUAUUUGAAAGCUCAAACAUCUCUCUUACGAAUUCUGUUGGUGGAGACCCCAAACGCUCGGCAGAUUUGGCCCUUCAGUUUCGAAUGGAAGCUAUCAGAAAGCAAGCCACCCGGCUUCGCGAACAGGUCGCUAGGCAACAACAGGCUGUCCUCAAGCAGUUUGGAGCUGGAGGAUAUGGAGGUUCAGAUAGUUUAGUAACUGAUGAGGCAGAACUCGGGCAGCAUCAGAAACUUGAAAAGCUUUACAUAUCAACACGUGCCGGCAAGCAUUAUCAAAGGGAUAUUGUUCGUGGUGUGGAGGGAUAUAUUGUCACCGGGUCCAAACAAGUUGAAAUAGGAACAAAGUUGUCAGAAGAUAGUAGGAAAUAUGGUGCUGAAAAUACGUGUACUAGUGGAAGUACACUAUCAAGAGCUUCAUUAAGUUAUGGGCGUGCUCGUGCUCAAAUGGAGAAGGAGCGGGGGAAUCUGUUGAAAGCUCUUGGCACACAGGUGGCAGAGCCAUUAAGAGCAAUGGUAAUGGGGGCUCCAUUGGAGGAUGCUCGGCAUCUUGCUCAACGUUAUGAUAGAAUGCGACAAGAAGCUGAAGCUCAGGCUAUUGAAGUUUCCAAACGCCAAGCAAAGGUGAGGGAAACACCAGGAAUUUCAGAGAAUGUUAUGAAAAUGGAAGCUGCAGAGUCAAAGCUGCAAGAUCUAAAGUCAAAUAUGGCAAUGUUAGGGAAGGAAGCUGCUGCAGCAAUGGCAGCUGUUGAGGCUCAGCAACAGAGGUUGACUCUCCAGCGACUCAUUGCCAUGGUCGAGGCAGAGCGGUCUUAUCAUCAGAGGGUCCUUCUGAUACUUGAUCAACUUGAAGGAGAGAUGGUAACAGAACGACAACGAAUUGAAGCGCCUUCUAGCCCUACUGUUGAAAAUGCCAUGCCUCCACCACCACCUUAUGAAGAAGUUAAUGGCAUAUAUGCUUCUCAAACACAUAAUGGAUCGUCAGACAGCAUGAAUUACUUCUUAGGGGAGGUUAUGUUUACAUAUCAAGCUGUGUCUGACGUAGAGCUCAGUUUAUCAGUCGGUGAUUAUGUUGUUGUGCGAAAGGUGACAAACAAUGGUUGGGCGGAAGGCGAAUGCAAAGGCAAAGCAGGUUGGUUCCCAUUUGGAUACAUCGAAAGAAAGGAACGAGUUCUCGCAAGCAAGGUGGCUGAAGUGUCCUAGCGUUUGUGCAUGGGUUAUAUUAUGAGCAGAGUGUUUUUUGUUUCUUUAUGCUUCGUUUAUAUGUGUAUUUUUGUUGUUUAAAUGUACUCAAUGAUGGAGAGUACGUUGGUUCAAAUGGAAGAACAUCGUAUCCUCCCUUAAGAUGUGAUGUAUGUAGAUACUAAUUUUUUUUUUAUCUAUUUGAUUUAUAGGAUUAUCUUUUAUGAAGAAGUUAGUAGCCUUGUAUUUACUAUUUUUCCUUUCUUGUGUGUGUUACAUAUUCAACAUCAAGAUUUCUUAUUGCAGAUGAGUUUCUAGUUGA